AAAUUGCUUUUAUGAAAAUUCUUAAAUUUUGGCAAAAUUCAAAGUUCGAAAGUGUAAUAAAAGUAACUGACGGGCUUACCUUAAGGGAUUUUUGCUAGAAGCGACGUUGUCAGUGUGUUUUUAAUCAAAAUAAUGAUGUUUAUGGUCAAGUAUCACUUCUUCUGUCAAUAGCACCUGUGAGGCAAAAAGCUCGAGGAGAGCGUCUCUGUAAAUAAGUCAUGCCCUGUAAGAAUGGCAGCCCAAUAUGUCUCAGAUGAAAGCGGUACAUACAUCCCAGCUACACAGAGAACAGAUGGCUCAUGGCGUAAGCCAAGGAGAGUUAAAGAAGGUUAUGUUCCACAGGAUGAAGUUCCUCUCUAUGAAAGUAAAGGAAAACAGUUUGCUAAGAAUAAACCAAUACUUCCACCAGGGCUUCAUCUUGAAGAAGUAGUCAAAGUACAGCAGGGUCAAUCAGGGUCAAUACCUGGAUUAACAGAAAUGCUACCACCAACUACUACUAAAUCAACUAAAAAGAAAAAGAAGAAGAAACACCAACAACAAUGUAAUACAAGUGACCAAAACUUAGCAAAAGAUGUGACCAAUCUUCAUAUAUCUGAAACUGGUUGGGAUAAAAACAAUGAAACUAGUGAGAACAAAGCAUCUGGAGACCCUGUAAAGAGGAUUAAAAACUUGAAAAAGAAAUUACGAGAUAUCGAAAAACUUGAGCAAAAAAUAGAGUCAGGAGAACUUCUUAAACCAGAAAAAGAUCAGUUGGAAAAGAUUUCUAGAAAAGGGGAGAUUGAGGCUGAAAUAGAGGAUCUGGAACUAGAUCUUGAACUACAAGAUGACUGACUUGAACAAUGGUGGACUUGAAGAAUUUUGUAUGUAUACAUGUAUUUGGGUACCACACCUAUGAUACCAUGCUAAAACUUCAUCAAAGUAUUGACUUCGACCAUCUUGCUCUUCUUGUUCCAGUGAGAUAAUCCAAACUGUUGUUCAAUUCAGGCAGAUUUACUGGCUAGGGAUCCUGUUGGGCUCUAUCAGCUAGGGCCAGCUUAUCUCCUUUGAAACUUAUCUUUGGUUUUUAUCAUUUUUUCUUUGUUGUUGUUGUUGGUAUUCCUUUCAUUCUUUCCUGUUAAUUAUGUAAUGAGGUAGUAUGUCUUUAUAUUGUACCAAAGCACUUGGUACAUGAAGACUGUUCUAUCAUAGGGUAAGAAGUGUUCUGUAUCCUAGGUAUGUAAAAAAUUUGGAGGUAGGCCUCAGAAUCUUACAUGCAUUUCAGAUGAUGGGUAUUGCAAUCAAGGGAGGUUUGGCUUUAGAUUUAAGUCAGUGAGCUGUAGUCAGUUCCUCUUCACCCAUUUAUGUGCCUCAGUAGUUUACUGGACAAUAGUUUUCUUUUAGGUUAUAAAAAAAUUAAUGUAAAGCUCUGUUUGGUAACAUUUUAACAAUCAGCAUAUCUGUGCUAAUCAGCUAUUCCUGGUAUGAAUUUAAUUUUUUGUAUUUCAGUAAAUUAUAAUUACAUGAAGCUUACUUAGUUAUGUUGAUUCUCUGUUGAGCAUAUGAAUUAAAUUAUCACCUAAGUAAUGAGAUGCACCUUGUGAUAUAUUUUUCUUCUAUGAUAGAUAAUUAAAAUUCAUCACAUAAUUUUUCUGUCCUUCAAUUUUACAUAUGAAAAAAUAGUCUUAUAUAAAAUUUUUGCUCUAAAGAGUGACAGUUUUAAAUGCAACUCAGUUAACCUUUUGACUGCGGCUGCUUUAAACAUUCGCAGAAUUUUUAUGAGCCAUACACUGUAUACAGCACACUCACAUUCUACUGCCAGAGGGGGACCAUAUCCUAUAUGGUAGAUCAGCAGUCAAUGGGUUAAAAUGAUAUAGAUCAUUUACUUUUAUGAAGUAGUUAAUAGUUAAAAUUAUUGAUUUUAAUGUUAAAUUUUGUCUUGAAGUUGUACAUGAAUUUUAGUUAAGCUUUGAAAAUAUGUAUGUUUACAUAAGCUGAAACAAAUGCCUUUUUUUCUUCUUUCAGAGACCUGAAAGGCAGACAGAAACAGGCAUAAAUUCAUGAUUUUCAAAAAGUUUAAAAAAAAAGUAAUACCUCAUUUCCCUGUUUUUUUUGUUACUAAAGUAAUUGAAGUGAACCAUUUUUUGUAAACGGUCUGUAAACAUUAGUAUAUUACUUGUAAAAUAUGUUGUACUUAAUAUUUUACCAGUGUUUUUGUUUACAACUGAAAUGAUUUUGAAACUAUUUACUUGACAAAAUUGUACAAAAAUUAAAGUUUUGGAAGCAUUUGAGUUCAAUGGAAGGUGUGUUUGCGUAAAAUAUAACUCAUUCAAGCUAAUUAAAAAGGGGGUUAUCAGAUGUCAUCGUCUGAGAUUGUUAGAAAUAUUGGUACCUGUUUAGAUAAUAGGGUGCAUGUACAUCACUAAAAUAUAUAUAUAUAUAUAUAUAUAUAUAUACAUACUUGUCAUAAAUUUUAUUCCUCCAGAGGGCCUUUAUAAAAUUACUUUUUGAUCAUAAUUCAACAUAAUUUACAAACAGUAUAUUUACAAGGCACUGUAAAUAUUAUUGCCAAAGUAAUUUAUCAGUAUUGUAAGUUUUAAUGUAAAAUUACUUUUUUUCAAAAGUUUCUCUUUUCUUUUGCUACAUCCAAUAGGGACCAGCACCAAAGCUAUUUAUUGAACAAUCACAUGACCUUAUAACAUCAUUAAACAUCAAUCUCAGACAAACUAAAGCUUGAGUGGCAUUGAAAGCAUAGAUACCAGACAUAGGAUUGGCAAUUGUAGUUCAUUUCAUUCUGCACUAAAAUUUUGUGAAAGAUUAAAAUGUUAACAAAGAUAAUUAUUUAUUUUAUUCAAAACUGAAAUAUAAAGAUAAGUGCUUCUGUUUUUCAAGAGACGGUUAGCACAAAGCAUUGUUGCUGAGGAAUUUGAACAGCAAUAGUAGAUAUGCAAACAAGAGUCAAAAAGGAAUAAUUUUCAUUCCCUUCUCUAAACCUACAGUGUAAAAUGAAAAAUAUUUUAGGUCGAUUAGAGCUAGUUGAUGAUAGUUUGUCAGAAAAGAUUGUUUUAAAUACCAAAAAAAAUGUUCUGAGAUCUUUGGAUUUGGAGCUUAAAAGGCAGACUCGGAGAUUGAUACCAUAGAAUUAUAUCACAAGUAACAUUCCAAAAACAUUUAAAUUUUCUUUAGGUUUUUGAUAAGAUUUCAACCUAUGGAAGCAGGUUGUUGUCAGGUUACCUUACAAACUGAAAAACUAUUAUAUUACUGAAUUACCCAGUAUAAUUCUCACUUAAAGUUAAGUUAAAUUACAUCUAACAAGGCUGGCUAAACAAAGCUGAGAGUGAGUAGCAGAAACCUUAAAAUGUCUAUCACUGUAGUACUAGUACGUGUAUAUAACUAGUCAGUAGUUGUCACUAUUUGUAUUCUAAUGUUUUGGUAAAAAUUUUGCCUUUGGUAUAUCAUCCUUUCUCAAGUUGGUUUGCACAAACUUUGAAGUUGAUGCCAUUUGCCACUAUUACCUCAUUGUUCACUAAUGUCAUUUGUGCUGGUCCCUAUUCAUGCAACAAGUGUAUUAUUGUUGCAGUUUAAAUGCUGAAAACUGUUGAAGCAUUGGAAACCAAUAGGCCUAAAAUGUGUGAUAAAGAAAUCACAAACUUCAGAUUUUUUUUUUAUUUUCUGUGUUUAAAUUGUAUCUUCUAAAGUAUGAUACUGAAUUUAUAUGAAUAGUGUUUUAGAGAAUCUUUGUCUCUCGUCAUCUGGCCCAAUUUACAAACUGUGGUAAUGAAUGAAAGGCAUCUUGAGCUAUGAUUUGUAGAAGACAAAAUAUAGAUCUGAAAUGCUAUUUUUACAUGUCUGUAAUUUUGAAUCAGAAAUGGACAAAUUAACGACUAAUGUGGAAAAAAUUUUGCAGUUUAUAUGAUGUUUUUAUCCCAAAAUUUAAUGUGUUAUUGUGAUGUGAAGUAAUAAUCUAGGGUUUAAAUGUUACUUUGAUAAAAUGAAUUAUUCUUUUUUUUAAUUAAAUCUGAAAGACAAAGAAAAUAUUUUAUUGCCUUUUCAAAUGCCAUAAGGAAGGAAUUAUUCAACAGACCCUUGUUGGAGAGAAAUAAAAUAAUUGAAGAAAACUUCUCUCACAAAAUUGAUCCUGUAUGUUUUAUAUUUAAAAAAGUGGUUUACUUUUGUUUAAAAAAGACUUGUGUGAAAUGAUUGAGUUUACUAAUGGCAGUUUUAUUUAGUCUUCAUACUUUUUUUUUUAUUGUUGGUGUAACUUAAAAUUGUAUUCUUACUCUAUCAAUGUUUAGGAUUAAUGUUUUUUAAACACAUGUACAUGUAAUGUGUAUGUACCAUUACAUUUUUUGUAGUAAAGAAAAACUGUUUGUACUGGCACCCAAUUCAUUAUUUUUCAUUUUCAUACAUAAAGUUUUGCAUAAUGUAUCCUGUGAGCAUUCAAAGUUAUGCUUUUGCUGACCCAUAUUUCAUAAAAUUAGUGGAAAUAUUAGAUUUUUAAGUAACUUGCUGUGUGUGUGUGUGUAACCAGUUAGUAAAUAGUGAAUUGUUUAUGCUUUGAAGUGUUUUUUCUUUCUUUCUAGAGGUGUGUACAGAUACAAGAGGGUAUUAGCAAUUGUGUAUUUAUCAUUGCAUCUCCUGUACAUGUUUGUACUAAAUGUGGAAGUACCCACAUGUGAGGUAGUUCUUUAUGCUUAUUGUGAAUUUGUAAUUUUUUGUGUGUGUGUGUGUGUGUCAUCAGUCACUAAAGCCUUCAAAAGAUAAAAGGUUUUACAAGAAGUCUUCCAUUGGUAGUGAUUUGAUUUUUCUAAACGUGUGUGUGUUUCAUAAAAGUUUAAAAUAUAUGUAAUAUUAACCUAUCACAAAUAAUAAAAAGUGGAGGAAUUUGAACUAGGUAUCACUCCACAAGUCAGUGUAAUAAAUAUAUAAGAAAACAAAUUAAUUAUAAUGAAUUUUCAAGAUCCAUAUUUUCAACUGAUCAAAAUAUUAUUAGGAUACAGUUAUUAACAAUGUAUUGCUUGGAAGAUUAAGUAUUGACAAACUCAAUGUUUCUUUUAAGAUAAAUUGAGAAAUUGGAUAUAUCUAAAGGUUUUAACUACAUCAAAAAUAAAUUUGUUUGAUUCUAACACCAGUUUUUUAAUGGCAAUACACAGAUGCUACCUACUCUUGAAUGUAACUCAAACUCUCAGGUACUUAAAAAAUGUUUUUAGAACUUCUAAAGGUAGUGAAUCUAAUUCAUAACUGAUAAUAAAAAAAAGUCAUCGCACAUGUUUGGGCUUUAUAUUAUGGGUGAAUGUAAUAAAAUAAUAAUAAUAAUUUUGUUUCUUGUUCUAAAAUUUUCUGUCUACAUUUUUGCAAUUUUUCAAAACUAAUGUGGUAAAUUAGAAAGAAAAAGAUUUCUUUAACUAGCUAUUGGAAAAGAAUCUACCAUAUCUGGCUUUUUUGAAUGAAUUAAACUCAUGAUUUAUUAUUCUUUUACUGCUUGAGGUAUUUUUUUUACUAACAUCCUUUAAAAUAUUUGGUGCAUCUACAAGUUAUAUGUCAGCAAGCUGGUUUACUUGAUUACUGUUCAAGCUUCUCUGCUCAUGUAAAUAAACAUGAGCACAUAUCUGAAA